AUGGAGUGUGGUACCAUCCCGUGCAUUCCAGAUUUAUAUAAGCAGAGCAAUUUUUUGAACGAGAGUCUUCUUCUUCCACUCGGACUUUUCACACUGUCACUCGAAAGGCAUUCUCACGAGAAUCACUCAAAAUGUCAUCGAAUUCUGCUCCAACCUUUGAAAUCAUCCAUCCAACCUCAACUGUCCAUACCUCCACCACGAGCCACUCUCCAGUCUGCACAACUUGUAAUUAUACAAUCCAAAGCCAGACUGAGAUGGGACAUCAUCACCCGUGCAGGAGAAGUUCGUGACAAGCAAGAAAAUACCAUCUUCGCUGUCAGAGAGAAAGUGCUGAAUGAAGAGAGCAAAGUUCGACAAGACCGAGAAGAGCGGUUUCUUCAAAUGAGAGUGGGUUUAUUAAUUGAGGAGGUAAGCUUGCGGAAACGAUUGUUUGAGGCUAGGUGGAAAGAAAAGAUUGAUAGAGAUGAGAGUGAGGGUGAAAAGUUGUCCGAAGCGAAAAGAGAUGUUCCUGUUGCCAACGAAGAAAAUGGUCUUGACAAAGCAAUUCUCAAGGAUAGCACGAAAGUAGUGGAUGACAAUGGAGGUACUUAA